AUACUAAUCAGUCAGUAUCUUUUCUCUUCUUUUCCUUUAAAGAAAUUGACAUAAAAUGUGAGAAUUUUCAUGGAUUUUAAAUGUUUUAAUAACUGAAAUCUUCUUUUUUUGUUCAGUCUUAAUCAACGCAUGUAUAAAGUAAAAAAGGACAUCAUAUAAUAUACUGUAUAAUAAUCAUCUUUGAAAAUGAAUUCUUGUUACGGCCAUGUAUUUUGCAUUUUGGAGGUAUGCUUACUGAUAAGCCAAAUAGGCUUGACAACAUCACAUGGACAUUUAUCAGAUACAGAGAGGAGAAUUGUUCAAGGAUUUACCGGAGUACAAGACGGACAGGUCCAUUUGUUUGACAGUUCUAGACAAACCAACCUACCAAAUGUGCUGGCUCCUGAUUCUCAUGUUGACCUUCCGGGUGAGCAUGGAAACCAGUCUCCGCAUCCGGUAAUUCAUAGACAUCGUGGUGAAAAUUCCCAUAUUUCCCAUGUUCGACAACAUGGUAAUGAUUUACACACGAGCCACUCUAAUGCCCAUGUUGAUUUACCAGGGCAGCACGGCAACGAAUCUCCAUUUCCGGCUGUUCAUAGACAGUCUGGUUCACAGGCUAAUUCACAAGGACCGCAUCUUAUUUCACCUGGUUCCCACGUUGACUUACCAGGGCAGCACGGUAACGAUUCUCCACUUCCGGCUGUUCACAGGCAGUCUGGAUCUCACAUUGGUUUAUCAGGACAACAUGGUAACGAACAUCUAUUUCCAGCUAAUCACAGACAGACUGGUUCCCACGUUGACUUACCAGGACAGCACGGUAACGAUUCUCCACUUCCGGCUGUUCACAGACAGUCUGGAUCUCACAUUGGUUUAUCAGGACAACAUGAUAACGAACAUCUAUUUCCAGCUAAUCACAGACAGACUGGUUCACAUGUUGAUUUGCCAGGACAGCACGGUAACAAUUCUCCUCAUCCGGCUGUUCAUAGAGAUACACAUUCAUCCGGUCAUCACGACCACAUGUCAGAAAGUGCUGGGGCUCAUAGACAAAGUUUCGUCGAUCCUGUGAGUGGUACACCUGUUGUUAUAUCUGCGCCUAGAAAUAACAUUCCGUUUUUUCCAGAUGACCAUCAUGAUGCACCAAAUAUGCAUGAUCAUUCACAUUCCUUAGAUGCAACAAGAGGAAACAGACCUCCUUUUUUACCUGGGAUAAUUCAUCCGCAUAUAACGGGACCACCGAGAGGUUUACCACUAAUGCCGGUGCCUGUAGGAGUUCCUUUUCCCGGACAACGUGGUCUAGGCCGACCAUUUGGUGGUCCUCUUUUGCCGGUAUUUUUACGUCCACCGCCAUUUUUUGUUCCACCGGAAGUAAUAGGUAUGGGACCUUACCGCGGCCUAAGACGUGGACGAAUGAUGAGAAGGCUUUCUCCACCUUUUCAUUCCCAUCAGUCACCACCAAGAAGAAUAGGUCUAGGAGAAAUAAUCGCCGGAGCCAUAGGUUCUUUGUUAGGAAACAUUUCAAGACAGUAGACAAAGUAUAUGUUCUAAGCAUAUUUCAAUUGGAUUUAACCGUUCAGUAUACGUAUAACUUACAGUUUGUGACACAAGCAUCUGUGUAUAAAUUCACGUGUAAGGUUCGGUGUUUUCACAAAACAGUAUACACAAUGUAAUGUUCUUAGCUACUGUUUUUCUUUAAUAAAUAAACUUUUUACUGUUUUCAAAGUCAUACAAUCUUUAAAGGAAAAAAACACACAAACAAUUUUAUUAAAUCAGCAAGAAUUGGUUUACGUAUAGCAUUUAGCAAAAAUGAACCUCAUGUAGUCACUUUUGUGAUUAGGUUAUGUUAUACAAACAAUGUACAAUGCGAAGCGGCAGUUCUUUCUUGGGCCUGGCCGAUAUCAUCGAUAGUCGCAUCGAUGAAUCGUUAUUACAGUAUUAGUGAGGGUCAAUACAUCAUUCUACAAACCACAAGUUCUGUUCGAGUUUCAUUAAAAAUUACUGUAAGUAUAUACAUGUAAGUGUAAUAACCACCAAAUUCAUUUAUUAAAACAUUCAAUGAAUGUCACCAUUUUUUGUUCC